GGUAGGAAAGACAGGUGGAAUACAAACUGAUUGCCGGCUGUGUUUUCUCGGUAUUUUGUGGCUCUUAAGGGCUUUUUAGGGGGAGUUUAAAGGGAGUUUAAUUCAGCCAUCUGUGGCAGUAAAGUCGCAUCGAGCUGCGGAAAGAUUUAUUCAAUGGAAAGUAGCUAAAGCGUCAAAAGUGAUUCCUCAAGGCAACAUUAGCAGCUCUGCGACUCAUCUCAUCUGUUUGUGUUUAAAGAAAAGCUGUCGUUUUCUGCCCAAAUAGUCUAACUGAUAGUAACUCAAAGUGAGCAGGGUUUUAGUGCGGAAGAAUGAAGGAAAGCCUAUUCAAACAAGUCAACAUAUGUAGGUGGUAAGGGACUGUUCGACGUUUAUGAGAAACGAGGCGGUGGUGCAAAGCGGGGGAAGCUUACGGAAAGUUACGGAUUUUGAUUUGGUUUAGGCUGUUUGAAAUGAUGAUAUCUCCCUCCGUCCUGUUUGCUCGUUGUAUUGGCUCCACACUUGUGUUCUGUGGAAAUAAACUUUUUUUAAGCAGUUUUCACUCAAGGAAAAAUAUAUGUAAUUUAGGGGAUGGUCAAGCUGACACCCUUGCCACCCUAAGUAAGUGAAAUCCAUUUGAUUUCUUAUUAAAAAGAUGUUAUCUCUCAGCCCCCCCCGCUCUUCUCCCCCCUCCUCCAUGUUGCCCAGCAGAGAUGAGCUCGUGCGUGCUGGAUGAGGAGAGCUUCCGCCGCUGCUGUCGGCUCCUCCUGCAGCAGUCGGAGCAGCUGAGGGACGGCUGGAGCUGGGAGGAGGUCCAGGGUUCAGAGGAGGGCUACCUGAGGAAGACUGCUCUGAGGUCAGUGCUUGUUGACUCCAGCGCAGUGUGGGACCAGGAGGGAUCCAGAUCAGAGUCAGAGCAGGUCACUUCCUGUCCCUGCGGGCCUGAUGAGCAGCAGGAGGAAAAGCAGCAGGCUGUUCCUGUCCCCUCUGUGGACACUGACAGUCUCAGAGGGGACAUGGAUGACGAUGGCGAGGAUGACGGGGUGUGUCCGCCCUCUGAAGGCAGCAGCCAGCUGCUUCAGUACGAGUAUCACAUCCUGCACUCCUGCAGCUACGGCACUCCUGUGCUCUAUUUCAGAGCCUUCACACAGGAGGGGAGGAGCCUGUCAUUAGAGGAGGUGUGGAGCUCUGUUCACCCAAACUUCAGGCUGCGGCUUCAGAACAGUCCUCUGAAUACAAUCACUCUGCAGGAGCAUCCCCUGCUGGGUCAGCCUUUCUUUAUGCUCCACCCCUGCAGGACAGAGGAGUUCAUGAGGCCGGUGCUGCAGGCGGCUCAGGACCAGCACAGGCCGGUGAACUACGUGUUGUCGUGGCUCAGUGUGGUGGGUCCUGUGGUUGGCCUGGACAUCCCUCUGCAGUAUUCCAGCCAGCUGUGUCCUGCAGCCUCGCCCUGCAGCCCCAAACCAGACUGAUGCUGGUCCCGCUCUGCUGCAGCCUCUCUGCCAGCAUCACUGUGGAGUCUCAGUCAGCUGAGCAAAGCAGGAAAAAGAAGGAGUCACGUGGGUUCACUCACAUGUUUAACGGCUGACAUACGAGUGACUAACAAGUGACCUGAGAGACUAACUCAGUGUUGACUUUCAGUGACAAAAACACCAGUCUCCUGGAGAAAAGUCCUGUGCUUGUUGGACCCAUCCAUCUCUCCUCUCAGCCAACCAAAGUGGACUUUCACACUCUUUGUACUACAUCUGUUGCUCUGACAUCUAAUAAUGACGCAGAGGAGUUUACACUGGAGUUGGGUAAAAGCCUGGUGUGUCAUAAAGGUGACGCUGGGGACAGCAUGUUGUGAUGUCCUGGGAGUGAGACCGGGCUGUACAGCUGGGAUUUUUAAGAUUUCUCUUGAAGUGAUGACUGAUAUGCUACUUUUAUUCAGUGUUCCAGAUUCAGCACAUAAUGACCUGUUGCUGAAUUAACCCAAAGAAAAUAAACUAAUGUUCAUUA